GUUGAAUAAAUACCUAAAAUCAUUCUAAUUUUGUUUUCUAAAUAAUACAAAAGAAACAAUUUAAAUAAAAAUUAACUUUAUUGAUUAAAACAUCAGACAAUGUAUUCAUGUCUUUCGUAUUACCAACAACAGAAACUCUUAAAAGAGUUUCCUGAGUUAUCACCCAAUCUCAUAAGGCGAUACGAAAAAACUUUUUCCAGAUUCGAUACAAACAAUGAUGGAUAUUUAGACAUUGAUGAACUAAAGAGUAUGAUGAUGUUAAGAGGUGUUCCUUGGACUCACUCGGCUAUCAUAAGACUUAUACAAGAUGCAGAUGAAGAUAGUGAUGGGAAAUUAAGUUUUCGCGAGUUUCUAAUAACUCAAAGAAAAAAUGCCGAGUGGGCUCGCCAUAUUUUGUGCUCGUUACCAGAAAUUGAUGUUGGUCGUGUGGGAGUAAAAGGAGCAAAAAAGUACUUCGAAGCUAAACAACCACAACCAGAAUUACGUCGUAAUAAACAUGUUUAUUAAUGUUAAAGUAAAAAUGCAAAUUAAAAAAUAAUAUUUUAAAAAUCAUUAUUAUAUAAACAUAUUUUUUAUCAUUAGUUUUAUUAUUAUAUAACAUGUG